GGCGUCAUCCCCGUCUUCGUCCUCUUCUACUUCCCCCGCGUCAGCCGACGGGAGCAAAGGCUCCAGCAGCACCCGACUGAGUCGACGUCCGCCGAGCUGACGGCGGCGUUGAAGGAGCCGUUCCGUGCACAUGCCCUGGAGCUGCGGCCGCACCUUGUCCACCACUCGGUGCUCCCAGCCAAGGAAGCACAAAGCACCAAGCUGCAGGAGGUUGACGACUUGCCGGUCUCGCUCCGCUCGGCUCUUGCGGAGCUUGGAUUCGCAUCCGUCUACUCGCAUCAGUUGGAGACGCGAAACCAGAUCAGAGCGGGGAAGGACGUGAUCAUCACCACGCCCACAUCUAGGCACGCUCCUCGCUCCGGCAAGAGCCUUUGUUUCAACUUGGGCAUAUUUGAGCAUCUGCUCGGCAAUCGGAACAGCGCCACUGCCCUGUAUCUGUUCCCGCUCAACGCCCUGGCCAAGGAUCAGGAGGAAAAGCUCAACCAGCUCAAUGACCGGCUACCACAGCCGGAACGGCUCAAGAUUGUUUGCCUCACCGGCUCGGUCGAGGUGUCGGAUCGCAUGCGGUUGUUCAUGGACGAGCCGCCCCACAUCGUCAUAUCAAAUCCCGACACACUACACUACCAGGUUUCAGUGCACUUCAUGUCCUGA